AUGCAGGAUGUGGUAAUUCCAUCUAUACUCGCUGCAAUAGACUUCCUGCUGGACGUUGCUGCACUGCGAACAACCCGCCAUACAAUAGAGGCAGUUUGGCAAUUGGGAAUCUUCCGCACGAUUACGACAUUGCUGUGCCAUACAAUUCUGCCCUUCCCCCUCCAUGCGAGAGAAGAUAUUGCGGCCGUCAAUUUCCUAGGCACAGGACUGUGGUUCCCAUGCGGUAGCAGAUUUUCCGCACAGAGAUGCUUGAACAUUCACAGCCACCCAGGAAAGAGAGGCGGGGACGAAGACUUCUGGAACUCUAAUCUGACAGCGCUUGGCGAGGAUCAUCCAGGCUACAUCGACGAAGAAGAGGCCGCUCUACCCGAGAUCUCUUACCACGAUGCUUACGACAACCUCAUCACUGAAGAGGAAUGGCACUGCCUAGCCAAGCAGGAAGUCGAACAUGAAGCCAAUGGAACGUUGCACAUCAUGUACCCAGACUUAUACCCGGCACCCGUUGGCGAACGAUCGGAACAGAACGCGAAAAAGAAGAAGAUCGACCUCAAGGUCUACAUCAACCAAGGUUGCCAUGGCGAGAUUCUAGCCAAGGUCACAAAGAAGCACCACUGCUGCAACACCGUCAAUGGAGCGGUUCUGGAGCUGAACAGCCUUCCGGAGAAGUGUGCUGCCGCGGUAUAUCGAGACCUGAAUUGUCAAGGCUCACCUCAGCUUGACAUUGACAACGGUGCAAAGCCGGGUUGCUUUGAUUCUAUCAACUUCAGCAGCGUGCUGGUGAGCUGUUGA